AGGGAAAGAAAAAUUGCAGCAAAAUAUUGUCAAUGUCCCUUCAGCUUCUACAGAAAAAUAAAAAAAAAUGCUGCACCUUCUUCUCCUUCUCCCGCGAAGCUCAGCACUCAGUUCCGCCAUUCCAUUCCCAUUCCCUCUCAGGAGGAGAAUCGCUGAACCAAACAACAUGCCCAAAUCAAGACACUCCGCCCAGCUCCUUCAUCAAUCCGAAACGUCGCUUCUCGCUUCUGAACCUAACCCAGAAGUUCGCGUGUUCGUGAGGAAAAGGAGAGCAAAGGAGACGCUCGAAGUUCAAGAUCGUGAGCCCAAACCUGAACCCACUUCUACAAAGCAGAUCUGUAAAUUACCUGACAUUGAAGACUUUGCAUAUAAGAGUGCCAACAGAACUUCCAAUCUAAGUAGUUUGGAGCCCAUAUCUGAUGUUAUUGAGGGGUCGAAAUCUAGUGGAGUUGCUUCUCAGAUUGGCUCUGGAGGCAAGCCUCCGGCCAAUUGGGAGAAAGUCCUUAAUGGGAUUCGCAUGAUGAGGUCUUCUGAAGAUGCACCAGUUGACACGAUGGGAUGUGAGAAAGCAGGGAUUGCUCUUCCGGCCAAGGAGAGACGGUUUGCUGUCUUGGUGUCAUCACUUCUAUCGAGCCAAACAAAAGAUCAUGUCACCCAUGGAGCAAUUCAACGUCUCAUUGAGAAUGGCCUGCUUAGUGCUGAUGCCCUGGAAAAAGCUGAAGAGGCGACUAUUAAGACCUUGAUUUAUCCCGUUGGGUUCUACACAAGAAAGGCUACUAACAUGAAGAAAAUAGCGAAGAUCUGUAUUUCAAAGUAUGGUGGAGAUAUCCCAAGCUCGUUAGAGGAUCUACUCGCACUUCCAGGGAUAGGACCCAAAAUGGCCCAUUUGGUGAUGAACAUUGCAUGGGAUAAUGUUCAUGGGAUAUGCGUUGAUACCCAUGUGCACAGGAUUUGCAAUAGGCUUGGUUGGGUAUGGCGUGCUGGCUCAAAGCAGGUGUUUUCGGUAUUUGCUAUGGAUAGCUCAUUUUCGGUUCUUUUCCAGAAAACAUCGACCCCAGAAGAAACAAGAGUCGCCUUGCAGCUGUGGCUUCCAAAGGAAGAAUGGGUUCCCAUUAACCCUCUUCUGGUGGGGUUUGGGCAGACGAUCUGUACUCCACUGCGACCCCGGUGUGAUAAAUGUGGAGUAAGUGAGUUCUGUCCGUCGGCAUUCAAGGAAACCCAGAUCAAGAAAACUGGUGGUUCAAAGAAGCUUUAGUUUUGCCAACAUGGGUUAGUGGUUCCUCCGAUUGCUUCAGCUUAAUUGUUCGGAAGCACCACUUGUUUUAUUUUUGCAUAGAAAGCCCUCCACCCAUUUUGCAGGCAUAGAAUAGGUUAAUCAUGCUUUCCUUCGAUUGCUGGCUCUUGUUGUGGGAAUAUAACAACAGGUCUGAUCAGAACUGUACAUAUAUCCGGCACUUUGAUUAGAAUACAUGUCCCUCUUUUUGUAUAAUAGGUUAUCUGACCAAACCUAGAUAGGGCCCAGUUUUUGCUUGUUGUAUAGACAGGUGCCUGUAUUUGCCCUUUUCUUUCUAUGAACACACAUGUUUGUUAUAUUCCUCUUCUAUUGGUUCAUGUUCUGGUUAGAAUGGGCUACUUCAAGGUUCUUUUGUUUGGGAAGAGUAAUGCCUUGUGCUUCAGGAAUUGCAAUUCCAACUUCAGCUGUAACCUUUGAUCGAAAAGAUAUCUCAAGUAUUUCCCCUA